UCGGAAGUGACUCUUGAGUCAAAAAGAAGUUUACAGUUUCUGUUUUCUUGUUUUGAUUGGUAAAGAAAAGUGAAGAGUGACAGCCGAAAUACUCCUUCAGAUGACCACAGAUAGCUGGCCUCCAUCUCACAUCUAGGAUGUUUGUACCUGGAAUCCUGUUAUGUGAUGGAUGAAGCCAGAUAUUAUCAUCAUUAAACCAGAAACGAGAAGACUUCACUGAACAUUUUGGUUGUGAUGAGAAAGUGAUGAUGUCGGACCAAGCCAUCGAUAAAGGUUUCCAAUGUGAGGUGUGCUUGAAAGGUUUCUCGAACCGGUCCAAUCUAAACCGCCACUUGGUGAGUCAUACCGGGGAGAAACGCUUCAAGUGUCCCAUGUGCCCAAAAUGUUUCACGUAUGACGCUAGUUUGAGGAGUCAUGUUCUGACGCACACCGGCGAAAGACAUUUCAAGUGUCACGUGUGCCCUAAGAGCUUCCUGCGGAUUGACCACCUCAAGGUUCACCUGCUGAUCCAUAGUGGCGUGAAGCGUUUUACGUGUGAGGUGUGUUCUAAAGCCUUCUCCACGAUCAGCUACCUCAAGGAUCACAUGUUGACUCAUACAGCAGACAAACGAUUCAAGUGUGAUGUCUGCUCAAAAUGUUUCCUCCGAAGGAAAGGUCUGAGAGAUCAUCUGCUGAUCCAUUCGGGUGAGAAACCUCACCGGUGUGGCCAUUGUUCCAAGACUUUCAGUCAGACGAGCAGUCUGAAGCGUCACACCUUGAUUCAUACCGGAGAGAAACCGCUCAAGUGUGACUUGUGUAUGCAGUGUUUUUCCGACAGAACGUCGCGCAAACGUCACUUGAUGACCCACACAUCCGACAAGCUCCUGAAGUGUGCGGAAUGCGCGCUGUCCUUCACACACGGUUACGAGCUAAAGAAACACAUGUUGGUUCAUUCUGGCGAGGAGGCCAUCAAGUGUGAGACAUGUUCCAAGUGUUUCACGCACCGUCGCAACUUGAGGCGUCACAUGUUGGUACACACCGGACACAAACCAUUCAAAUGUGAGGGGUGUUCAAAAUGUUUCACACGCAGUUACGAGCUGAAGAAACACCGCUCGGUUCAUAAGUGUACGAAAUCUCCCAAACCUGGGGUGUGUUCAAAACGUAUGGCAAACAGUGGCGGUGCAGAGCUUCCUAAGCUGAAGUGUACUGGUGAGAAAGUGUUUAAGUGUGACACAUGCCCAGAGAGUUUUACACGUAGCUGUCUGCUCAAGAGACACGUGUUAAAUCACACCAAGGAGGAGUCUUACAAAUGUGGAAUAUGUGCGAAAUCGUUCGUUUACAGUACACAUAUAAAAACUCACAUGCUGAGCCAUACAGGUUUCUACCUACAGGACCACACAUACCAGUCUCAACAGAACAAGAGAGUGGAGUGAACAGGACCACACAUACCAGUCUCAACAGAACAAGAGGGUGGAGUGAACAGGACCACACUUACCAGUCUCAGCAGAACAAGAGGGUGAAGUGAACAGGAUCACACUUACCAGUCUCAGCAGAACAAGAGGGUGGAGUGAACAGGAACACACUUACCAGUCUCAGCUGAACAAGAGGGUGAAGUGAACAGGACCACACAUACCAGUCUCAACAGAACAAGGGGGUGGAGUGAACAGGAACACACUUCCCAGUCUCAACAGAACAAGAGGGUGGAGUGAACAGGAUCACACAUACCAGUCUCAACAGAACAAGAGGGUGGAGUGAACAGGACCACACUUACCCGUCUCAGCUGAACAAGAGGGUGAAGUGAACAGGACCACACUUACCCGUCUCAGCUGAACAAGAGAGUGAAGUGAACAGGACCACACUUACCAGUCUCAGCAGAACAAGAGGGUGGAGUGAACAGGACCACACAUACCAUUCUCAGCAGAACAAGAGGGUGGAGUGAACAGGACCACACAUACCAGUCUCAGCAGAACAAGAGGGUGGAGUGAACAGGACCACACUUACCAGUGUCAGCUGAACAAGAGGGUGGAGUGAACAGGAACACACUUACCAGUCUCAGCUGAACAAGAGGGUGGAGUGAACAGGACCACACUUACCCAUCUCAGCUGAACAAGAGGGUGGAGUGAACAGGAACACACUUACCAGUCUCAGCUGAACAAGAGGGUGGAGUGAACAGGACCACACUUACCCAUCUCAGCUGAACAAGAGGGUGGAGUGAACAGGACCACACUUACCCGUCUCAGCAGAACGAGGGUGGAGUGAACAGGACCACACUUACCCAUCUCAGCAGAACAAGAGGGUGGAGUGAACAGGACCACACUUACCAGUCUCAGCAGAACAAGAGGGUGGAGUGAACAGAACCACACUUACCAGUCUCAGCAGAACAAGAGGGUGGAGUGAACAGAACCAAACUUACCAGUCUCAGCAGAACAAGAGGGUGGAGUGAACAGGACCACACUUACCAGUCUCAGCAGAACAAGAGGGUGGAGUGAACAGGAACACACUUACCAAUCUCAGCAGAGCAAGAGGGUGGAGUGAACAUUAAUGAUUUGUUUCUGAAGAUCAAGAAUUGUGUUGCCUUUGGACUAUGUACAAGGUCUCAGGGAGAAAAUAUACAAUUAGCUUUUUUACUUUUAUCAGUAUUGUACAAAAUGGUUGGCAGUAAAUAGUUAAAAACA